AUGCUGCUGCAUGUUUUAUCGGUGGUUUGGAUAAUAAGAUUUAGUCAUGCUUUGUAUUUCCACAUUGCUGAAACGGAAAAGAAGUGCUUCAUUGAAGAGAUACCUGAUGAGACUAUGGUGACAGGAAACUAUAAAGUACAGCUCUACGACCCCAAUACGAGAGGUUAUGGAGACUAUCCGAAUAUUGGCAUGCAUGUUGAGGUCAAGGAUCCGGAAAACAAAGUGGUUCUUUCCAAAUUAUACACUUCUGAGGGGAAAUUCACAUUUACAUCUCACCUUCCUGGCGAACAUGUGAUUUGCCUCUACUCGAAUAGUACUGCUUGGUUUAGUGGAGCUCAACUUAGGGUUCACCUUGAUAUUCAAGCUGGAGAACAUGCUCAAGACUAUCAGCAGAUAGCGACAAAGGAUAAAUUGAAUGAGUUGCAACUUCGCAUCCGUCAACUACUUGACCAAGUUGAGCAAAUAACCAAAGAACAAAAUUAUCAGCGGUAUAGGGAAGAGCGUUUCCGACAAACGUCGGAGUCGACCAAUCAACGAGUGCUGUGGUGGUCAGUUGGUCAAACACUUGUCCUCGUUCUUACCGGUGCAUGGCAAAUGCGCCAUCUCAAGGGAUUCUUUGAGGCUAAAAAACUUGUUUAUGCUACGCAGUCGGGUGCCAAGUAUGAGCUUAAGGAGGAAUUACAAGGAAAGACCUACAUCGUCACAGGUGCAACUUCAGGAAUUGGAAAGGCUACGGUGGAAGAGCUUGCUAAGCGAAAUGCUCGGGUAAUUAUGGCAUGUAGGAAUCGAGAAAAAUGCGUGCAGGUACGUAGGGACAUUGUGCUAAGCACGCGAAACAAGCAAGUGUACUGCAGGCAGUGUAAUCUCGAAGAUUUCGAUAGCAUACGCAAUUUUGUUCAGAAACUAACCAAAGGCAAAUUCGAACUUGAUAGGAUUGAUGGCGUUGUGCACAAUGCAGCAAUGAUGGACUCCGAAAGGAAGGUCAAUAAGGAUGGAAUCGAGCGAACAUUUGCUACUAACCAUCUUGGUGCAUUUCUACUAACUGGAUUGCUCCUUGAUAAGUUGCUGAGCCAAAGUCAUCCCGUCAGAAUAGUGUUUCUAAAUACAAACAUAAUCGAUAGGAAAUGUCAGUUAGACUUCGACGAUUUGAAUGCAUCAACUCGGAAGAAAUAUGAUGGAUAUGAAGUAUACAAACAGAGCAAACUUGCGGCUGCAAUGUUCGCGCGAGAGUUAUCUGAAAGGUUGAAAGGCACAAAUGUGACAGUUGCGGUAGCAGAUCCAGGAAGGACGAAGUCCAAUCUGUCUUCUCAACUGGAUUACCAAACCUUUUUCCUCAGUAGAUGGCUUCUCAAAAUCGUCAGUUUCGCUAUGGGAGAACGACGUGUGGAAAAAGCAGUUCGCCCAGUGUUUAGAGAACGUCUUGAGCAGCCCUGGAAUGAAAAUGUGGAAGAUGCUGAAAAACGACGUUUGUUGUGGGAUACAAGCGAAGUGUGGACUAAACUCAGCGAACGCAUGGAUCAGAUGCGGAUUGAAUUGAGUGACACCAAUAUGUCUCCAAGCAAACCUGCCGAUGUGAAGUCCGAUGUGAGAAGUGGUGAACAACGAAAAAUGAUCGGCAUUUGGUAUGAAGCAUGCUCACUGAUGCAGCGGUGA